CUCUAUUUGGUUAAACAAGAAACUUGCUGCAUGUAUGAUGAUGCGUCGAUUCUGAUCACCAUGGGAAGAGGAGAAAAAAUACCACAAGAGAGAACAGCUAGUGGCAUGCUCGGAAAGCAGAACGAGCUUGAUAGAGGCAAAAGGUUUCUUCCACUUCGGGAAUAAAUCCUUGCAUCUCUUGCAGGAUUAUCUCUACAAACAAUAAGACUCAACCGUAAAUAAGUGAAAAAAACUAACACCACACCAUGUUUGACCCACUUCGCGGGACGGUGCGACAGCGCCUUUUCGAGCCGCGGCGAUCAGUUUGUGAGAAAAAAAGGACGGAUGGGGAAGCCUGCGGGAUGGAAAGAAAAAUGAACGUCGUUCUUCGUGGGAGUUAUUUCUUGCCGGGGCAGGAGCAGGCCUACUGCAGUAGCAACACCGCAACGUCUCCUUCCGACGAUUCGCCGUGCUCAAGUCCCGUUGACAAAAAAUUCGACCUGCGAAGGAUGUCCCCCCACGAGAACUGCACUUUCUCCGGAAAUGGAAGAGGACAGGCUGCACUUUCCUACACAUCUCCCUCGGUGAAACUGUUGCUUUUCCUACUUCUGCUCUUGCCGAACGCAUUUUUCGUUAAUUGUCGCGCAUCCGCAGAACAAAUCCGCGAAGGAGAAGCAGCCAGUCGUUCUUCCAACGACGGGGUAGUAGAGGAGCUACGAGGACCACCCGCGCCACCUUCUUCGGGACAGCAUGCUGUUGAGCUGAACAAGAGUCCUCGUCGUGGUCCCGCUUCAACAUCCACCUCAUAUCCAGUCCUGGAUUCGUCUUUGCUAGUACAACCUGCUGAGAUGUUGAACAAGACUCCUCCCCCGUCCACCUCGUCCGUGCUGGAAGUCGAACUACAGGAGAAGGAGGAGGAAAAUGAAAAACUUCUGGUUGACACAGCCAAGCACAAGCAAGCGGAACAACAACGCACCGGGGAAGCGGAAGCGAAAAUCGACCGCGCGAAGUUGAACCAGCACGAAGCUGCGCACAGAGUGACUAUCAACUGGAAAAAUGUCUGGGUCUGGAAGGUUGGAACUUGUGAUGCUGUCCCUGGAUUCGAAAAAAAUUUGUAUUGCUUGAGCAGCAAAGGGAGCGUAAUGCUUGCUACGCGGGGAGGGCAUUUGUCAUGCGGAAUAGGCAUCAAGAAGCCCUCAAAAAAUCUGUGAUGCUAGGGCAUGCAUCACAGACAUCAGGGCUCAUGCAAAACGUGCAUGACAAGUCUCAGAAUCUUCCAGACCCAGACAUUUUUACAUUUGAUAGUGACCCUCAACGAACAAAAGCAGAUGGCUACAGCUUCCACCAAAGCAGAAACCGCACAGCAAGAAGAAAAAUCGACGCGUAAGAAGUCCGAGCAGCAGCAGAAGCUGCAGAAAUUGCAGAAGAAAGGAAAACACCAGGCGGGAGAACAAAAAACGACUGCGCAGGAGCGCCGGAUCAUGAACCGCGAACAAAGAAACAGGGCAAAGGAACAACUAGCGGAGGUCGCGCGCGCGAAGCAGAUGGCCAAGCAAGGAGCGCGGCAGAGUUUCGAUAUCGGAGGUUUCGGCGACGACGUAUACAACCACAUCGAGCAGGCCUGGGACGCAGCCGGAGAAAAAGCCUGGGAUGCUGCGAUGGACGCUACGAAUCUAAAAGAGCACAUGCCGGGCGAGGUCUACGAGGGAAUCACGGACUGGUGGAAUAACGACGUCUGGACUAUCGAUAACGCGCACGAGUUAUCAAUCGCAAAUAUAAUGUUGUCUGGGCCUGGGAGGAUGCGAGCUUUGUCAUGCUUGUCUGGCAUGACAGACUGAAGAACUUGUGAUGCGUGUCCAAAAAGAUACCCUUUGCUGGUCAUGCAGAAACGCAGUUUAUUGUCAUAGGAAAAACGCAGCACUAAGCCGCACAAAUAUUUCACAUGCUUGGCUGUGCAUUACAGAGCUGCAUUCACUAUUCACAACCCAGCAUCACAAGUUUCCAAACCCAGACAUAUUUGCAAUGCAUACGAUUGGUGGCAGGACGAGGACAACGCUGACGAUCACAAUUUUCAAGGUGUGUUGGACGCCUGGAACGGGCAGGAGGAUAUGCACGACAAAGUGGGCCAGGUCGCCACCGUCGCGGGCACGGCAGCGCUGGGCGUAGGAGCGAUCGGCCUAGCGGCGCGGGGCUCCGGGAAGAAGGAUACAACCGCCAAGGCGGGUAUGAAGGCGUCAGGAUUGAAAUCAUCAAAGUUGGAAUAGUUUGCGAUGCAUAAAAUGCAACCCACAGAAUGCCUGUCUUGCAGAGAAGGGAAGGGAGGCAGAUUGUAAGCCUGUUGAGGGGUAGAAAUAGACCUGCUAAAGUAGCAUGAAAAAAGGCGUCUACCUUACCCAAACAGAAUUACAAACUGGAUUUCGGUUCUGCCCAAAUUUGUCAUGCGCCAAUUGAAAACUAGACGCCAAAUGGUAUCCGCUUUAUGCAUCACAAAUUAUUUUAACUUUGUCGAUUUCGGUCCUGACACUACCAUAGCGGGCGCAAAAGGCGGCGGGAAGGGCAAGGGAUCGAAGGCUGCUGGUAUGCCCAAGGAGGUAUUAAGAGGAAAAAUCCCCCCUCCCCAUAUCGAAAAAGAAUGUUUCCAAAAAUUUGUGUUGCGGAUUUGAGGUCACAAAUCACAUCUGUCUUGCAAGAAGGCAAGCCCAGAGAUUCCGCCGCCUUAUGGAGGCGAUUUGUGAUGCUGUUUCACGUAAAUGGCAGGCCUCUGUCAUGCUAAGUGCCUACAACAAAACACCCCUACGCAGGCUGAGGCUUUGCUUGUAGUGCCUCACUGCAAUACAAAGCUGAUUUGUGUACACAAAUCCAGCAACAGAAGUUUCCGUUUCGAUAUGGGGCGGGGGGAUUUUUCCUUCUGAUAGGACGAGGAACAGUCGGAAGAACAAGGUGACGGGGACAAUUCUGCGCCGGCUGCCGCCCGUGCAGAAGCCGCGCCGCCAUCAGCAGCUGCCGCGGCACCGGCCGAACCAAGUGCAGUGGAGCAACGGGAACCGCCGGCAGGAGAGGCAGCCCCUGUGACGCCGUCGGGCCAAGAUCAACCGGACAAGCAGCAGCCCGGCGGUGCCGUCGAAGCAGCAGAUGAUGAGGAACUACCACCAGAGGACGGCGGAGGAAGUGGCGGAGAGGAAGAUGCCGAGCCCGUGUCCCGGAAAAGCAGCCGGAAGAAAAAAAGCAAAAAUGCUCGUGAAGGUAUGGGGUUCUCAAACGUUACAUUCUCAACUUUUUUACAGGGGUUUGUCAUGCAGAACUACCAUCAAGAUCCAAACGAGCAAGCUGCCUCGCAUGACAAAUUUGCGAGGAAGGAUGAAACAGCGGCUGAAUCUGUGCGGAAUUUGUAAUGCUAGAGGUGCAGCCUCCCCCUUUGACGUUUGCUAUGCUUGCAUAUACAUAUUCGUGUAACCGUUGGGAAUGUAACAGUUGAGAAUCCCAUAGAAGAGCCGGACGGGGACGGAGGAGUCGCAGCGGGCGAGGUGGACGAGCCGAAGAAAAAAGGCAGCAGGGGUGAAAAAGACAAGAAGAAAAACAAGGGCAAGAAGGGCAGGAGUGAAGACGAGCAGCCGGCGGAGGAAGUAGAAGAUGCUGGCGCAGCGGAUGUGGAAGACGGAGAUGGAGGGAAAAAAAACAAAAAAAGCAAGAAAGACAAAAGUGCGGAUGAAGGAAAAAAGAAGAAAAAGAGCAGCAAGAAAGACAAAGUAAAGGAGGUCGUGAAAGAAGUCGAGGAGAAGGUUAAGAAGAAGGGCGACAAGAAAAAGAAGAAACAAAAGGGGGCCAGCGCUGCCAGUUCAUUCUUGGAAGAAGGAACCAGGGAAGAAAAACUGCCGCCACACGACGGCGUUCUUGCUGGCUCAACAUCCGGUUCAACGUCAUUUUCUGCUCAACAGCUUGCAGGCGACAGGACGAGCUACGAAACGAAACCUGCUAGCCAGGACAACGAUAAAACGGUGCUCACGCAAGAUACUGCAACUUCUACCCGGGACGGCGAACAUAGUAAUGACGUCACACCAGCUGCAGCACGUGAGUCACACAGUUCCAUUUUGCAACAACACCACCCCGCACAAGAGGAAGCAGUGGCAACGGAAGAAUCUUCGCACGAACAAGGAGCAGGAACUGCGUUUUCAGUAGCGGAAGUUCCUGACGCAGAGACUUUUUUGGAACUCCAGGGCGGGUUCAACAACGAUGUUGCAGAAGUUCUUGCGCCGCCGCUACAAAAUGGAAUCUCCGCAGCUCCAUCUACAUCUACUGGGGUAGUAGAUGACCACACGACGCUCAGCUUGCCAGGUGGACGAGACUCCACCUCUCACGACGCGCAUGAUGUGCUGGAAGAUGCACAGGAGCCGCAUUUCUCAGAACUACAAUCCACACCGAAUGCCUUCUCCGCUCUGGAAGAUACUACGGUGGAAGCAAACAAUCGGAAUCAUCUGCAAAAUCAGCGCGAACCCACGACAACAGGUGCCAGUACUUCUAGUGAGCCGGCGGCUUCUUCUACGGCUGAAGAACUCUCGCAGCAGUUGUUGCACAGCAACUACAUCUUUCCGACGUCCCAAUUAUCGAAUCCCGCAGUGACGUCCGCGCAAACAAGAACGAAAAACUUCAACCUCCGGGGCAGUGGAAAACUGCAAGCGAAGAGGCAGAAGAUUGUCGUGGAGGAAACGACCGGGAAUGUGCAACUACAAAUCGUUCCGGAUGUACUUGCGAAUUCUGCGGAGAGUAGUACAACUGGUACUACCAGACACCGAAACAUGGUCGAAGAUCCAGCAAAUACAAUCGCUGACCGUCAUCAACGACAAGACGAGGAACUGCUAAAAGUGCUGGGGGAUGACGAAGAAGAGGACGAGGAGGAGGAGGACUACGACGUUUCAACUUACGACACGCUGCUCGAAGACGAAGAAAAUAACGACGAGAACUACAGCCAAAGUAGCCUCGCAGCUCCGAAGCCAACGGCAACCAUCUUCUCGACGAGCCGCCUGGGGAAUUCAUUCUGGCCCGCCAGCAUGGCAGACGCAGAAGCGAUCGCGUCGUCCUGUUGCACCUCCGAGUUUUUCAUUGUCGCCGCUUACGCAUUUUUGCAAACCACUGCGACGCUGAAUCAUCGAUACUUGAGAAGAGGUGUUUUUGUCAUGCAAUAUAGAUGGAAAGUGCGAGACCGAGAGAAUAUAAUGUAUCAUUACGUGUCUUCCACUACUCAUCACCAGUUUGUACCUACGACACGAGGCGGCGUAGUGUUUGCGAUGCAUACCUGACUCUUGCUCAUCGUCUUCCUCCUUCUCGGGUUCCAAUUUUCGGCCGCACGGGAGAAAAGGGGAAAGCUCGAGCGCGCGCGAGCGGUGGAGCAGGCGAUGCUGAUUGCGCAUCAGAAAUUCCUGUUCGAGGAGGUCGAAGAGGAGGAGUGGGUUAGUGAAGCCGAAAGCGAUAUCCUGAGUAAAAACGUACCCACACCAGAGUUGUAAUGCAGAUUUGCAAAGACAGGAAGACUUGUAAUGCGCAUCCGCAUGAGAGCCAUUUCCAGUCGUGUUUUGGAAUUUGUGAUGCUGUGAACAGGAUGAGCAGACGAAUCUGUGACGCGGCUGCACUUGCUAACCUGCACUACGCUGCAGAGUGCAGCUUGUCAUGCGUGACUCACAAAACUCGGAGGUUUGUGCUGCAAAAUCCCCAUCCUGACUCUGGUGUGGGCACGUUUUUACUCAGGAUAAGCGAAAUCGAGAACGAAGAACAAGAAGAUAGCGAGGAGGUGGAAGGGAAAUAUACAUCAAAGGCAACUGCUACAACAACUUCUAGUACUUCUUCUCCGACUUCUUCAUCUUCCCCCGCACCGGGUAGUUCGUCUUUCAGUUUCGCCACGGUAGCAAAGAAUCUGUUUGCCAAAGUGUUUCCCGGCAGUGAUGCAUCCUCGUGCUCAGCCGACGCCGAGACGAGCGUGCCUGAUACCGCCGCCCAAAUGUUUCACGCGAACGAUUCCAGUGUGGUGUGGCGCGAGAAGACUUGUAGUAGAGCCAGGUCUUUGACUACCUGCGGCGCCACCUGCGACGCGGGCUCGGGAGAUGAUCAUGGCGCUCGUGGUUUUUCCUGCAAUGUUCCAGUAGAAGCUGCUGAAGGAGUAGACCAGGGCACUUUCGCAGCGAUGGGAACUACAAACAGCACAACUAUCGCACAAGAACUACCACAACUGACUGCGGAAGCAGAAAGCACAUCAGUUCUAGCGGAGCCAGAACCGGAACAUGGGGUGGAGGAGUGUCCAGCGGCUGGGCGGGAGAGAAACCACUCUUGCGAGGCGUGGCUGUAGGCUACGAUCGCCUGCUGCGGCGAAGUAUCUUUUCAUACAAUUACCCAGGUCUUGGGAAAGCAAAUAAACGAUCACACUCAGACGACAGGAAUUUUGUUUUACGUUCAAGUUUCAGUUUUAGCAGACCAUUUCAAGAAAGCAUUUUAUUUUCAGUUUAUACUUUUAAUUUAACAGAAUUUGACUACUAUUUGCAAGUAUAACUUGUUUCACUCGGAAAAUUAUCACGUAACUAUUCAGAUUGUAACAAAGGAACUUUCAGAUGAGUUAGACGUCGAGCACAAGAACCCUUUUCACUACGUUAAUACACCUUUCUCCCCAAAUUCAAACUUCGCCGUUGUUGUAUGAUCUGUGUACACGCCAAAAUUAGUUUCCUGGAUAAAAAGUGGUAGAGCUACUUGCCAACUCGAUUAUUAUAUCCGAAAUGUUGAAACGAAUGCGAAAAAUGAAAAUAUUCAGAACGCACCGAAAUUAAUACGAACUUGUAUUUGCCAGCUUUCAAGAAACAAUACGACUUUUCCUUAUUCGCGAUUGACACUAAAAAAAAACUUCUGUAAAAUGCUAUCAGACUUCUCCACUCUAUUAUUUCCAACAGGUAGAAGAAUUACAGCGAAGCACAAGCGGUGAAGAAAAUUAAAAUAAGCACCUCGCGCUUAAUAUCCGUUGUACAAAAUAAAAAUCGUGACGAAGAGGUGCGCAGAUUAAGAUCGAAAAAGAAAAACUAGAAGAGGACUUCAAUAUCUGUAUACAGUUUGUGGAAAAUCGAAACGCAAGAAGAAAA